CGUUAAACACGUGACCUUUCUCCCCGCAUGGUAGUUGCUGUUUGAAGGUGAAGUGUCCGCUAGCGCGAGUGCUGGGCUCUGCUACAACUCCAAGAUGUCGUCCCUUUCGGCUGCCAGCGUGGAGAUUCCUGCUGUGACUGGUGGCACGGAGGAGAAGAAGAAGCCUCUGAAGCCAUGCUGUGCUUGUCCAGAGACCAAAAAAGUCAGAGAUGCUUGCAUCAUCGAAAAGGGAGAGGAGAACUGCAGAGACCUGAUCGAGGCGCAUAAAGAUUGCAUGAGGUCGCUUGGAUUUAAGAUCUAACUCCAUUUUGUGCUUGUGUGUGUGUGUGAUGGUGCGAGUGGAAGACGACCCUGGAUAUUCAUUUCUUUUUUUUUUUCCACCUCCUUAUUUAUACCUCCUCUGGAAGGGAAAUGUGAUACAGAAGCACUCGAACUGAUGGAUUUAUGAGUGGAAUAUUUUUUUUAAACUCUGUAAAAUCUGCUGUGUGAAUAUCUUAAAGGCUGUGUGAUUAUGAAUAAAAGCCCUAUGCAACAAGA